UAUAUUCUCCCCCAAACCAGUGGAAGUGUCAGCCUGCUCUCACUUGAUUGAGCACACUACACUUUUCUGCUCGCGCGCGACGCGGCGUGCGGACAGUCAGUCUGUUUCCAUCUCCAAUGGCCGCCAUGGCCACCAACACUUCCGGCCCUGUUCCGUUCACGGACGUGGACGACGGCACGGUGCCGAAGCGCCCAGCCAAGGAGGAGUUCGGGGACCUCGUCGCAGCGCUGCCGCGCAAGCAUCAGGCCGGCCUGGAGCUGCGCCUGUACCAGGGAUUCUGGCUGCCGGACCACUGGGUCGCGGGCACCGUGGUCUUCCAGCGCCGCUUCGCCCCGCGCCCCGACGACGUGAUCCUGGCCAGCUACCCCAAGUGCGGCACCACGUGGCUCAAGGCGCUGGCGUUCGCCACCAUGACGCGCGACGCGUACCCGGCGCCGGCGCAGCACCCGCUGCUCCGCCUCAACCCGCACGACUGCGUCCCGUUCCUGGACGAGAUCUUCGCGGACGGGCAGGAGGCCAAGCUGGAGAGGCUCCCGUCGCCGCGCCUCAUGAACACGCACAUGCCGCACACCCUGCUCCCCGAGUCGGUCAUCGCCGGGUGCAAGGUGGCGUACGUCUGCAGGGAUCCCAAGGACAUGGUGGUGUCGCUGUGGCACUUCCUCCGGCGCCGGCAGCCGGAGCUCCCGUUCGCGGAGCUGUUCGAGCACGUGUGCGACGGCGCCGUGGCCGUCGGCCCGAUCUGGGACCACGUGCUCAGCUACUGGCGCGCGAGCCUCGCGCGGCCCGACAGGGUGCUCUUCCUCAGGUACGAGGACCUGCUGCUGGACACGGGGAAGCACGUCAGGCGGCUGGCGGAGUUCAUGGGGCGGCCGUUCUCGCCCGCCGACGAGGGCGCCGUGGAGGCGGUGGUGGAGCUGUGCAGCUUCGAGAAGAUGAAGGGGCUGGAGGUGAACAAGAAGGGCUCGGCGGGGGCGUACCACGCCAUGCCCCGGGACUCUUUCUUCAGGAAAGGGGUCGCCGGCGACUGGGUGAACCACAUGACGCCGGAGAUGGCGACGCGGCUGGAUGAGGUCGUCCGUGACAAGUUUCGCGGCACGGGGCUCGCGGCUCCGUGAUCGGGACAAUCUGCAUGCGUGAUUCGAUUGUACUGUAUGCUUGGCUGCUGGCGCACGUUUGAUUUAGAAUAAAGAGAUGCUGUUCUCGGCACAAUCACUGCAUACAUCAUCGAAUAAAGGUUUUAACUAUGAUUGUCGAUUGCAACA